CAUUCUGUUCUGACGCCUAUCUUUAGAAAAAGUCUGUGAUUGGAUAGGCAAUGUUUACGAUACCCUUUCUCUAUGAUAUCAUUGGUCAGUAACGUUGUAGUAUGACAACAAAUACACGUGUCUGCAGACCAACGUGAGGUUCUGCAGAGUGUGUGAGAGAACAGAGACAAAUUGCUGAAAUAGUUUCUAAGCUGAAUUCAGUUGCAAUUCAGUCAUCUAAAUUUCGUAUUCUCAUAGCGCUUUUUUUUUCGCAGUACAGACCAAUGAUACGCAUUUAACAAGGAGUCUCGAAAUUCAGCAUGGAUAGAGAGCGGAAUCAGAGAGACGACUGGAAUUUCCGUUAACGGCAAAAACAUUAGUGCAACCAAUUCUGCAGAUAUGCAGAAACCUCAAGGGGGCCAAGGCAUCAUUUAAAGGCUCUCUCAUUCAUUGGUGGAGGCAGUGCAAGCGGACUGAUAUUUACAGACCGAAGACUAGACUACCAAGGACCAUAGGCUACGACGAGUUACCUGAGAAACUUUGAGAUUUUGGUCACUCAACAGAACACAAUGAGGCCCGAAGACAUGAUGCAGGAGCUGCCAGAUCUUUGGAUAUUCGGCUACGGCUCCUUGGUAUGGAAACCGGACUUCAAGUACAAAAGACGCAAAGUUGGUUAUAUUCGGGGCUACAAGAGACGUUUUUGGCACGGGGACAACUUUCAUAGAGGCAGUGAUAAAAUGCCUGGGAGAGUAGUGACAUUGGUGGAGGAUCAUGACGCCUGCACGUGGGGUGUGGCCUACGAGGUCACCGGCACACAAGUUCAGGAAUCUCUCAAAUACCUGAACCUCAGGGAGGUGGUGCUGGGCGGCUACGUGACCAAGAUGGUGGAGUUCCGACCGCGGGAGGAGGGCGAAGCUCCUCUGCUGGCCUUGGUCUACAUCGCCACCUCCGACAAUCCCAUCUACCUCGGGCCGGCCAGCCCCGGCGAGAUCGCCGCCCAGAUUGCCUGCUGCAGGGGUCAGACGGGUCACAACAUCGAGUACCUCCUGCGCCUCACAGAGUUCAUGAGGCUCUACUGCCCAGAGGUGGAGGACGAGCACCUCUUCUCCAUCGAGGCGGCUGCCUUGGCCUUGGUGCUGUGACAGGAUUUUGGCGUGUUCAGACACACAUACACACGUUUUAUGGUGUUUUAAGCCCCCAAUUUCGUCUUCCAGGCAGCGCUGCAUGGAUGGCACUAGGUUUAGGCAAGGGUUAAGGUAAGGGUUAUGUGCCUUGAAGUCCACAGUUGCAGGCUUAAAACACCAUCGAGCCACACACACACACACGCCAUACACUGGUGCAAAAAAAAAGUGACAUGGCGACAUCAACAUAGUGACAUCAACAUGGACACAUUUCUCAGUCAAGAGCUUUGAAAUCUCAGUCCAAGUCCACCAAAAACAGGUAUACAAGUGUCUGUGUAGAUAGUUGUUGCCAUGACAAAUCAGCGGGGAGGAGUGAGAGGCCUCAGCAAGUUCACAACAGUCCACUACACGGAGCUGAAGGAUAAUCCAGGAGCUCCAUUUCAUCGGCCAUUUUCUGUAUGUCUAGUUAUAUUCAAUACUCUGAUCUCAUGGACCAUAGAUGAGAGAGGCCAAAGUCUAGAUGCGAGAGUCUAGAUGCGAGAGAAUGGAUCUUGGGGUGACAUGCCAUAUUGUUUUAUGAGAAUUUAAAUCAAAGGCUUUAAAGGGGCUUUAUUGGGCUUAUGCUUGAGGCAGAUGUUAUAGGUCUGCUUGUGAUUGCAACCUCAUGCAACCCCCCCCCCCCCCCCCCCCCCGUUAAUGUAUACUGCACUGUGUAAGCUCUUUCUGACAGAAUGUCUGUUUCUUUGGAUCUGCUAUGUACCCUGUGCCUUUGUUGUAGAAGGACACAAACAAGUAAAUAAAUAACAUUUGGAUUUCA